AUGCUACCCACACCAGACACCUCGCAUGUCCCAUACAGCCGCGUCUACGAGCCGGCCGAGGACUCGUUCCUCAUGAUGGACACGCUCGCCCUGCCCGCAGAGACGGCGUUUUUGCAGUCGAGGUUUGGGGCGACGAGCUCGGGCCCAACAACACCGCCACUGGUCGUUGAGAUUGGCUCCGGCUCCGGUGUCGUGCUCGCCUUUGUCGUUGCACAGGCUGCCCACCUUUUCGGGGAGACCGCUCCUCGUCCGCUGGCCAUGGCCGUCGACGUCAACACGUUUGCCUGCGCGGCCACAGCAGAGACAGUACGGCGCGCGGUCCAGGAGGCAGGCCCUUCAGUGUCUGGCACGCUCGUGGGCGCCCUCCGCGCCGACUUGGUCUCGGCCCUGCGCCCCGGCCAGGUGGACGUGCUGCUCUUCAACCCGCCGUACGUGCCGACGCCGCGUCUGCCCCAGAACGAGUCGGACACGCGCGACGACUUUGCCCGCGACUCGCACCUGCUGGAGCUGGCCUACGCAGGCGGGCACGACGGCAUGGAGACGACCGACCGGCUGCUCGAGGCGCUGCCCGACGUGCUGUCAGGGCGUGGAUGUGCCUAUAUUUUGCUGUGCGCCCAGAACCGGCCCGGCGCCGUCAAGGAGCGUAUUCGGGCGUGGCCUUGCCCAGAUGCGACGGCGUCCUGGCAUGCAGAAACGGUCGGCUCCAGCGGCAAGCAGGCAGGCUGGGAGAAGCUGCAGAUUGUGCGCAUUUGGCGCGACUAA